AUGUCUCGCUGCUUCCCUUUUCCGCCACCUGGAUAUGAAAGAAAGCAUAGAUCUGAAGGCUUGGAUCUCUUGACAGAGGCAAAAUGCAAGGAAAAAAAACACAAAAAGGAAAAAAAGGAUAAGGAAAGGAAAAAAGAGAGAGAAAAUGAGAGAGAAGGAAGUUCGGCGAAACACAGGGACAAGAAAGAUAGGAAAAAAAAAUCCAAGGAGAAAAAAGAAAAGCACAAGGAGAAGAAGGAUAGGGGUAAAGACAAGGACAAAAGCAGCAUCUCGGAAGAGUCCACAGUUGCUAGGAAUGAGGGAAUAAUUGCAGAGAAUCUUUAUCCUGUGGAGUACAGCAAAGAAAGCAAAAAUUUUGGGAAUGAAGGUAAAUGCCCUGCCCGAUUGCAGGAUCAAAAUGAUGGGAAGCCUUCGCAAAGCAGCUUACCUUCCCUGGGAAACGAGGAGUCAAAAUUUGUUCAGGAACUGGAUAGGAGGGUAAGAGAUGAGAAGAGUAGAGGGAGCCAGUUACCUGAAAAACUUGCUUUCAUGGCCGAAAAGGAUCGGCCAAUGUUGAACAACGCUUCUGGAGUUCUGAUAGAAAAGAAGGAUGGCAACAAAAAUAAGAGAGAUCCCGGAAACUUUAAAAACGAGGUCAGUGGAAAUAUGAUGGUCCAGAAGCUGAUGCCAAUUGGAAAGAGUAAAGGAGAAGGGAUACCCAGACCAAUGAAUGCAGAAAAUGGCUGGAGGUUGGAAGAUAAAGAGAAAUAUAAAGAAACAGCUGGCAGAAAGCCGGGGGACAAGCCAAACGAUACGGGUAAGGAAAUCCAUGUGAAGGAUAAAAACAAUGAAACGAAAAAGUAUGACGAGGCAAAUAUUAGAAAUGAGAAUAAGAAAGGCUCCAGGCAGGGCAAGUUGGAAGAUGAGGGCAGGGAUUAUCUUGGCGGAUGUGAUGGUCAUAAAAGCACUGGCGUAUUGAAUGGUUACAACAUUAACACUGUAAACGAAGAAAAUAUAAAGAAAAGAAAAGAUAUGGCUACAAAUGGUUUUCUCCAUGAGAGAGAAACUAGGCCUAUUAAAAUGCAAAGGUCUUCUCAUCAGUCGACAGAAAACGGAAGGCAACUCGAACCUCCUCAAACUCUUGCUAAAUCCUCUAAUGAUAACCAAGCUGUUCCUAACAAUGUUGAAGUAGACAAUAACGAGCGGCUGACAAAUGGCACAUUUGAAGCUCAGAAACCAUCUUCAUCCAUACCAAAUCCUCAUGCUGCGACUGUGCAAAUUGUCGAGGUCUCAAAGUUGCCCCAAUGUGAUUCCAAUACGGCAGUGGUAACAGCUGAAGCAUCAAGGUCUCCUCACCCCGAUUCAAAGUAUCUUGCAGAGGUACUAACAGUACCCAAGAAUAUGUCAGACUGGUCUGAGAAUGACGAUGAUCAGCUUUGGUUGUUUAGUGACAGAGUCCCGAGAAAGCCCAAGUUGGAUUCAUUUGAACUUGAUGAUGACGUGCACGUGUGGUCAGAAGCUGUACAUAUUGAGUCAGCAGACAUUUGUGCUCUGCCUUAUGUGGUUCCUUACUGA